AAAUACAUACAGCUAACUCCAAGUUCCUGAGAGUGAACAGAAAAAAUGCAGAACUACUGGGCUUGGCAUCCCCAAGAGUACUGGUAUCCCCCUCCUCAGAACAACUUUCCAGGCUACCCUAAUCCCCAGAAUGACUUCCGAAGUUAUGGGGGUCCCCAGAGAAACUAUGGAGGCAACAACUAUGGAGGCAACAACUUUCAUGGCAACGGGAACAAGUAUGUGAACGCUCAAGAUUACAGCACCAACAUAGGCCCCGGUACUGGAGGUAGAUUCACAAACAUUGGCCCAGGUGCUGGAGCUUCGAACUACGGCCCUGGUGCUGGAGGUAUCAACCAUAACAAUGGUCCUGGGGCCGGAGCUCACAACAGUGGCCCGCGUUCUGGACAUUUCAAUUCUGGGCCCGGACAUUUCAAUUCUGGGUCCGGACAUAUCAACAGUGGUUCCGUCUACGGGGGGGUCAAUUUCUAAACGAAAGACUAUAAUCUGUAGCAGAUGUAUAAAUAAGUGCUGAAUGUUUGCUAUCUUAAUAAUUUGAUGCUAAGAUAUUUUAUAUAUGUUGAACUUCCAAGAACAGCAAAGGUAUUAAAUGUUCAACCCAUAU